AUGGUCCGCUUCGCCGCCGCUAUUAUCUUGGCCUCGGCCGGUGCUUUAGUCUCUGCUCAGUCGGCCGCCGUGAGUUCUGGGCCCUCUCGAUGGUGGCGUUUUGGGUCAACCUCGAGCCUGGCCGGCGGUCGAGGAGCCCCGGACGCCGGGCUUGUGACCGCCCUCACCAGCCCCCAUCUCCAGUGUUGACUGACAGCUUGCACGCGUCCUUUGGCCUGUGUUACCUACAGCUUCCUUCUUGCGUCCUCCCCUGCUUCUCCUCUUCCGUCUCGGCUUCGGGCUCUGCCUGCACUGUAAGCAUACACGAAACAGUCUUAUGCGCCACUCGCGGUCCGGACUCGAGUAGCGACCCGCCACGAAACGGAUCCCUGUUGAUUGCUUACAUGGUGUGCGUCAAUCCAUGCAGAUCACCGACAUUUCUUGCUUGUGCAAGGAUACCAAUUUCCAAAUCGCUACCGUCAAGUGCUUCAUGAGCAGCUGUCCCGCUAGUGACCUUCCCGCCGCCGAGGGCUUUGGAACCUCGUCUUGCUCUGCCGUCGGCGUUACCAUCGAUCAGGGUGCCAUCUCCGCCGCCCUCGCUGCAGGAACCGGAAGUGCUUCGGCUGCAGCUGCGUCGUCGACCGCUGCCCCCGCUUCUUCUGCCGCUGCCCCCGCUUCUUCAGCCGCUUCGGCCGCCACUUCCGCUGCCGCGGCUGCUUCGUCGGUCCAGGCCUCGGCCACCUCCGCUGCCGCCGUACGUUGGUUUCCUUCGGACCUUGCUUCAUCGUUUUUGUAGAGGUGCUGAUGUAGCCUUGUUCUGCGUGCCGUUUACUUGAACCCACAGGCCGUCACGAGUGCCGCUGCCGGUACGUUCUGCGGUUCCUAGCCUCAAAAUUGCUUUCGGCCUGCUGACGCUGACCACCUUGGCGUGACGGAACAACCUGCAGCUGCCACUUCGAAGGCCGCCUCAUCCGCCGAUAAGGUCGCUGUCACCGGCGUGCUCGGCUUUGCUGCCGGUCUCGUCGCUCUCCUCGCCUAG